AUGUCGACAAAGAAGGCACGCGAAUUCGUAGGUGAGCCGAUGGGUGAUAAAUGGGCCCAUGACAUACCUGGAAUUGGACCAGAGUAUGGUGCUAGACUUGCUGAACAAGGACUUCCUAAAGCUGCUAAUGUGUUCGGACAAUUCCUGGUUCAUAAUGGAGAUCGAGAUAGAGUUGUGGGAUGGUUGAAGGUAGGUUUGGAGCUUCAUAACCUUUCAAAAAAAAAUAAAGACGAUCUGAUGUCGACAAAGCCGUUCAUAAGCACCUAG